AUGGGGGAGCCACUGCCGAGACCACAAGGCCAUGUUCGCUCAAGAAGAAAAGGAAAAGAGCGUCAGGUAGACGCUGCGGACUUUGCCACGCCCCAGAAGGCUGGACCGUCAAAGCCCAAGGCGAAGCAGUUCGGCGGCUCUUGGGACGUCAUCCCAGUCGCUAGCAGCGAGGUUUCGAGGAUACCGCCGGUAUGGUCCAAGGACGGAAGCUCGACUGACCCCAACGGACAUCGCAAGCCGAUCACCGCUCUCCUCUUGCACCCGACGAAUCCUCUCCAGCUUAUCACGUCCUCCGACGAUGGAACGAUCAAGAUCUGGGACUGGGUCGAGGGACGUCAUGUCCGGACGAUACAGGUCCUUGACGAUGGAGGUGUGAAGCAGAUUUGCGUUGGUCAGGUUGGCAGCAAAUGGUGGAUCUUUGCUACCGUCACCAACCCGAAGCCGGGCAAGAAGACGAAGGAGGACGGCUCCCACAUUCAGCAUCGUGUCAUGCGUGUGCCGCUACUUCCGCAAGCCGCCAUGGACGGCGACAAGCCGAUGGCGUGGCUGUUCAACGUCGGCAAGCUUCGCGCUCCGCCAGAGGCACUCUUCAUCUCCCCGCGGACAUCAUACGUUGUAGCUCUCGCCGGUCAGAAGGCCCACGUCUACCGUCUCCCACAAGGGAAGGACGUCACCGACGACAAGUGGAAGCCGGACUGCGUCAAGUUUGUUUCCGACGAGCGCUUCACGUGCGGUGCCUUCGCUCCCGACCGGAAAGGAGGACGAACAGUGCAGGAGGAGUGGUUCGCGACCGGAGAUGCCCGUGGUAUCAUCCGGUUAUGGCACGGGCUCGGCGCCGCUUUCCGCCAGCUCGACGCUGCCAACCAGCAGCAGCAGCCGGGCGGUUCGGGCCAGGACAACAGCGAGAAGCGUCUUCCUACGACGAUGCUCCACUGGCACGCCCAUGCCGUCUCCGGUCUUGCGUUCUCAUCUGCUGGCGCGCAGAUCCUGUCCGUUGGCGAGGAGAGCGUGCUUGUACAGUGGCACCUGGCCUCUGGCAAGCGAGAAUACAUCCCGCGACUGGGCGGCCGACCAAUUCUCAGUGUUGCCGUCCGACCGGGAGACCGAGGAGUCGAGGAGGAGUACUGGAUGGGCUUUGCCGAUGGAGCCAUGAUGCGCGUCGGUGCCUCGACCGGUCAGGUUUCGAGCGUUGGACAGGGUGUCCGCCUCGACCCGUUACGGCCAACGUCAAACCGGCCAUACCCGCUCGCCGUCCACCCUGCCUCGAAGGCUCUUGUUGUACCAUCCUCCCACCCCUCCACUCUCCAGUUCAUUGACCCUCUCGAGUCUCGAGUCCUGUUCGACCUCGAGGUCGCUCCCUCGAACCGUGUCUCGAAGCGCGACGACAAGGAGCUCGAGCCGAUCGCCGUCGAGCAGGUUGCUUUCUCGGCUGCCGUCGACGGCAAGUCUGAAUGGAUGGCCACCGUUGAGGGCCGCGAGGCGGACCAGUUCGAAGGUGGCGGUUUCGUCAAGACGCUCAAGUUCUGGCGCUGGAACGGAGACCGCUACGUCAUCAACACGCAGUACCCGCGACCGCAUGGCGCCGACAACAUCACGGCGCUUGCUUUCGGCCCGUCGGGCACCGAACCUUUCGCGCUCACCGCGAGCUCGAACGGAACUGUCAAGAUCUGGCAGGUGCGGCAAGCAAAGCGCAGCGAACAGGCUCUACAACUUGUUCGUGAAGCUGACGUUACAGGCAAGAAGAGUGCCAAGAAGCCGACCGUUGCAGAGUACUACUGGAGCAACCGAUCGACCUUUUCGUACCGCUCGCUGCCGGUGUACGCCGCGGCGUUCUCGCCAGACUCGACGCUCGUCGCCCUCACGCACGGCUCGGUCGUGACGCUCUGGAACACCGCCAGCAAUGUCAUGGUCCGUGCUCUCGAGAGCUCCAUCGAUGCGCGCAAGAUCACCUUCGUCGGCGGUGAGGGCCGCUACCUCGCCGUCGGCGGAGCGGCCAAGGGAGUGGCAGUUUGGGACCUUCUCUCGUGUGUCAUCACGAACUCGUCCCCCGAGCAGCUCGUCGAUGUCCUCCUCCCCAUCCCCACGGGCUUCGUCGCGGCGCACUCGACGACAACGUCCACGACGCUCUCCCUCUUCCAGCCGAACGGCCAGCACAUGCGCAGCGUGCACCUGCGCGCGCCGUUCUCGGCCCUCACGGCUCUGCCGGGCAUGCACCUGGUGGGCAUUGCGCCGUCGGGCGAGAUCUCGCGCUUCGGCGAUGCGCAGGCUGCGGCUGCGCCGUCGUCGCGCGCGAUCCAGGCGCAGCCUCAGCGCCGCACGACCUCGAUCUGGCAGGAGAUGUUCGGCAAGGACGCGUUCCUGGACGAGAUCGAGCCCGAGCCCGAGGCGCCGGCCGUUACGGAGCUGCAGCGCCGCGCAGCCGGGCGGCCCGACAUGGUCUUCGAGGGCCCGUCGCACACGCUCCCGCCCGUCAGCAUGCUCUUCGACGCGUUCAUGGACGAGCUCCUCGUCACCCGGUCUGCGGAGGAGACUGUCGACGUCGAGAUGCUCGAGGACGAGGCCGUUGCGCCCGUCUCCGCCGCGCCUGUUGGUGGCGAGACCUCGCGCCCCGUCAAGGACAAGGACGUCGAUGAGCUCGUCGACUUCUUCACCGCCGUACUCGCCAAUGCGCCUAAGAAGGCGCCCAAGCCGAAGGAGCCCAAGGAGAACGGUGAUCGCAAGGCGGACAAGCUCGGCAAGAAGGAGCGCAAGGACAAGGCCAAGGCUAAUGGACACCGCACCGUUAGCAUGCCUGCCUCGCUUGGCGAUGAGGACGACGAGGACCGCGUCGUAGACAAGAGCAAGAAGAAGCGCAAGGCGCCUCGUGCCAGUGACAUCUAG